AUGAACCGUCUCUUUGGAACUUCAAAAAAGACACCCAAACCAACAUUACCCGAUGCUAUUGCUGCCACGGAUACGCGAGUGGAUGCGGUUGAGGUGAAAAUAAAAAAACUUGACGCGGAAUUAGCUAAAUAUAGAGAUCAAAUGAAAAAAAUGCGUGAUGGGCCAGGAAAGAAUGCAAUUAAGAAUAAAGCAUUACGAGUUCUAAAACAAAAGAAAUUGUAUGAAACUCAACGGGAACAACUUCAACAACAAUCUUUCAACAUGGAACAAGCUUGUUUCACCACCGAAAAUUUACGUAAUGUAAUUUCCACAGUUGAUGCAAUGCAAAUCGCCAACAAAGAAAUGCAAAAACAAUAUAAAAAAAUAGAUAUAAAUAAGAUUGAGAGCAUCCAAGAUGAUAUGGAAGAUUUGUUUGAACAAGCUAAUGACAUACAAGAAUCACUUGGAAGAACAUAUGGAGUCCCUGAGGAGAUCGAUGAUGAGGAAUUAGAAGCAGAAUUGGAUGCUUUGGGAGAUGAAUUAAAUUUUGAGGAAGAGGAAGAACCAUCAUAUUUACAAGAAACACCUGAAUUACCAAACGCUGGACUAAGUGAAUUGGAAGGAACAGAGACCACUAAAGUAGAUGAACUGGGAUUACCAGAGAAUCCAAUGAGAAAUGUUGCAUAG